CAGUACACCUACAUCUCGCUGAUGAUUGGACAACCAAAUCUCCGCUUCAGCUAACCAAUGAUUGACCUGCAACGGCCUCCAUAUAAUGGAUACUCUUGACUCAGGAGGACCCUACGUGUUACACACACAUAGAACUGAAAUAGAAUAUUUCCGUCAUGUCUGGACGUGGUAAAACCGGUGGUAAAGCUAGAGCCAAGGCCAAGACUCGUUCAUCCCGAGCUGGGCUUCAGUUUCCAGUCGGACGUGUACAUAGGCUUCUCCGUAAAGGAAAUUAUGGCGAGCGCAUUGGUGCGGGCGCCCCUGUGUAUCUGGCGGCCGUCCUCGAAUAUCUGACCGCCGAAAUUCUGGAGUUGGCUGGCAAUGCGGCUCCCGACAACAAGAAAACCUUCUACCCAAAAAGACCGAGAAGCCAGCCAAGUCUAAGUAAUGAGCAGGGAUCUACUCCAACCACCUAA